CCUCCCUCUCUGCGUGCGAACCAAAUCUCUCCCCAUUACCAUUUCAAUUUCAAAUCUCUCCCCCCACACUCCCACAGCCACGCCGCACGGUAGCACCGUCUCCCUCCCUCGCCGCAAAACCCUAACCCUACCCACGACCGCCCCGCUCCCUCCCUCCCUACCUCCGUCAUGUCUGAUUCCGAAGCAUCCCCGCGGCCCGCGGUUGCGGUUUCGACGGCGGAGGCGGAAGCGUCGGCGGGCGAGAACUCCCCGUCUCCGGCGAGGAAUGAGGCGUUGCUGCCGGUGGGGGAGAAGAUCUCGGAACUAAAUGAAUCCCAAACAGAGCUUUUGGGGAGACUCCGAGGAUUGAAGGAGGAUUUGCAGAGCUGGAGGAACAAUUUAGACACCCAAGUGCAGAAAUACAAAUCUGAAAUAUCUGAUAUCAAGACUGCACUAAACAGUGAAAUAGAUCAGCUGAGAUCAGAUUUCCAAGAACUGAGGACCACCCUUAAGAAGCAACAGGAAGAUGUGUCAAUUAGCUUGAAGAAUUUGGGGCUAGAAGAUGCUACGGAAAAUGAUGGUAAAAAUGGAACUGUGGAGGAGAAUACAAGUGUGGGUGCAUUAUUAGCUAGCCCAGAGAUCGUGAAAUUGGAUGAUAAUCUAGAAAGUCAUGAAGAAAGCAGUGCUGUCAAUGAGGAAAAGAAUGAGACUGCUGAAGAUGGUUCCGGGGUGGCUGAAGAUGAUUCCGAUGUGGUCAAAGAUGCCACGGAGACGGAGAGUGCGAGCGACAAGUAAAUUAGCCCGUGAAGAAGAAAUUAGAAAUUGCGCCACUUCAUUGGUGGCCCCUGCUGUAGAAAUUUCAAGAGCAGCGGUAGAUAUCUCAGUUCCUUUGCAAGGAAACGAGCCCCUGCGCUCUUAUGUUGGCCCUGGUCUAGUGUAGUAGUCUUUUUCGAACCCUUGCCGCGUCCAAGUGAGCUCCAGCACUCUGGAGUCUGGGAUCGGCGCAGCCUGUUUAAUUAAGUUACAUUUUAUACUAUUAUAAAGACACCAGUUGGUGCUUAUGGUCUGUUCACUUUGGAGGCAUCGCUCAAAAUUUCAAGGCUUGUAAUGGUCUUUUAUUU